AGCGAAGAUGUCUGGGCCUGUAAAAUCACUCAAGAGCAUCGCGCCGGUUCCUACGGCUACGGAUUUCUUAGAUAUUGUCCUAUCAAAAACACAAAGGAAGACUCCAACUGUUAUUCACAAGAAUUUUAAGAUCUCACGUAUUAGAUCUUUCUACAUGAGAAAGGUUAAAUUCACUCAAGAAUGCUUCAACGAGAAAUUGGAUGCCAUUUUAUCAGAAUUCCCUAUCUUGGAUAAUUUACACCCAUUUUUGUCUUCUCUUAUGAACGUUUUAUACGACAAAAAUCAUUACAAGCUCGCUCUCGGUCAAUUGAACACUGCUCGCCAUUUGAUUGAUCAAGUUUCCAAGGACUACAUUAGACUUAUGAAGUUUGGUGACUCUCUUUACAGAUGCAAACAACUUAAGAGAGCUGCUAUGGGUCGUAUGGCUACCGUCAUGCGUAGACAGAAGGAUCCACUUGCUUAUUUAGAACAAGUCAGACAACACAUCGCACGUUUACCUUCUAUCGAUCCUACAACCAGAACUCUUUUGAUUUGUGGUUAUCCAAACGUCGGUAAAUCAUCCUUCAUCAACAAGAUCACAAGAGCUGAUGUUGACGUUCAACCAUACGCUUUCACCACAAAAUCUCUCUUUGUUGGACACAUGGACUACAAGUACCUCCGCUGGCAAGUCAUAGACACUCCAGGUAUUCUCGACCACCCAUUGGAGGAAAUGAACACUAUCGAAAUGCAGUCUAUCACCGCUAUGGCUCACUUGCGUUCCGCUAUCUUAUACUUUAUGGACUUAUCUGAACAAUGUGGUUACACAGUUGAAGCUCAAUGUAAAUUAUUUAGCUCAAUCAAGCCUUUAUUCGCCAACAAGCCAGUUUCAAUCGUUUUCAACAAGAUUGACGUUACUACAUUUGACGAUUUGACCGAAGAAAAGAAGAAAGCUGUACAGGAAGUACUCGCGGACGGUGAUGUCAAGGACAUGAAGUUAUCUUGUAUGUCAGAGGAAGGUAUCAUGGACGUUCGUAAUCAAGUCUGUGAAACUCUUUUAGCACACAGAGUUGACACGAAGAUGCGUGGUUCAAAGAUUAACUCUGUCGUUAACAGAAUUCACGUCGCUCAACCAAAACCAAGAGACGAUGUUGAACGUACUGCUCAAAUUCCUGAUGUUGUUAAGCAACGUAAAGGUUACGACAAGGAGGACCCAGAGAGAAGAAAACUCGAGCGUGAUAUUGAAGAAGCCAAUGGUGGCACUGGUGUAUAUAGUGUUGAUCUUCACAAGUAUUACCUUCUUGAGAAUGACGAUUGGAAGAAGGAUACAAUGCCAGAAUUCCUUAACGGUCACAACGUCGCUGACUUCGUUGAUCCUGACAUUGAAGAGAAGUUGGAAGCGCUUGAACGUGAAGAGGAGAAACUUGAAGCUGAAGGUUUCUACAAUUCUGAUGAAGAUAUCCUUGAUAGUGAGGAAGAGGAGACUAGAGCCAACGCUGAAGCUAUUCGUGGUCAAAAUAACUUGAUUAAGUUGAAAUCACAGGACCAAACUAGAAAGAAGAAGUCUGCAAUCAUGCCAAGGACACAACAAUCAAGAACAUUGUCUGAUAUGACAGCCGAUCUCGCCAGCAAAGGUAUUGACGCUUCCAAUAUUGAAGGCAGAGCUAUUGCUUUGGCGAAAUCUAAAGGAUUGGUUGGUAAACGUAAACACGAUGAUGUUGAAAUGGCCGAGGAUGAUGAAGGUGCAAGUGAUGAAGAAGGAAUGGAAGUUGAUGAAGAUAAGCAAUCAAGCAAGAAGUCUAAAGGUGUUGCAGCCGCCGAUAAAGCCGCUCACCCACGUGCUCCUAAGAAGAACAGAGCUGUCGGUGGUCUCGGAAGCAAAGCUAAUGAAGAUCAAGCUAAGAAAUACCGUUCUUUGGCUCAAAGAGAACCAGCGAGAUUAUCAAAGGCUUCUGAAUCUGAUAGACAUAUCCAAACUACCAAACCAAAAUGGAUGUUGUCUGGUAAGAGAAAGAUGGGUACGAACUCAAGACGUUAAGCUUAACUUAUACACACAUUAUUUUGAUAUAUAUACAUACAUUUUAUUGUAUUUUAUACUAUUUUUAUAUACUUCGGUGCAUUUUAGACUCUUCUUGUUUAGUUGCAGCGAUG